CCAUAACCAUAACCAUAACCAUAACCAUAACCCAACAUUUCUCUGCACACACAGUUUUUGCUUCUCUACUACUCAAUAAAACCCACACCUCUCUCUUUCUCUUGCACCAUCCACACACACACACACACACACACAUACUAGAUCAUAAUAAACAAAUUACCAAUUCACCAACAACAAAUUCAAUCACACAAACACACAAUUCUUGAAAUUAAUCAGCUAUGGUUUCUGAAAGAGAUGAAGAAGAGAAACACCUCUUCCAUGUAUUGGCUGUGGAUGAUAGUAAUAUCGAUAGAAUGCUCUUGGAGAGGCUCCUCACUUUCUCUUCAUACCAAGUUACUUGCGUGGAAUCGGGAGAUAAGGCACUCGAAUAUUUGGGAUUGGUGGAUAUUCAUCAACAAAAUCAAUGUGAAAGAUCAUUGCCAUUAUCUUCUCCAUCUUCCACCCAACUUUCUUGUGAUUCUUUAUCGUCAAAAUCAGAGGUAUCAAAAGUUAACCUGAUCAUGACAGAUUACAGCAUGCCUGGAAUCAGUGGCUAUGAUUUACUAAAAAGAAUUAAGGAUUCUUCUUGGAAAGAUGUUCCCGUUGUGGUUAUGUCAUCUGAGAAUGUACCUUCAAGAAUCAAUAUGUGUUUGGAAGGAGGAGCAGAAGAGUUCUUAUUGAAACCUGUGAAAUUAGCAGAUGUGGAAAAAAUCCAUUCUAAUCUUAUUAGUUCAACUAAUUAUAGUCCCUGCGAAGAAAACGGUAUUGCCGAAAUUGAAAAAUCUAACAACGCUAAGAGAGAAGGCAGUGAAAUUGAUAAGAACUGCAGCAAUGGUAACAAGAGAAAAGCAACCGUGGCGACAUCACUGGAUCUCUCCGACAGAAGGCCACGUGUCCAAGAACUGCCGGUUUCGUAGAGUUCUACACAUACGUUUGUUAGUGUAUUUGGAUACAACAUACGAUGGCAUUGUAUGGUUUUCAUUUUGGCAACAUGAAAUGAAUGACUAAUUGGUACUACAA